AUGAUUUUAUGUAUUAACAAAAAUCUUUUCUUUUCAGAAAAAUACAUCAUAGAUACACCAGGUUGUAGAAUUGAAAACAUAGAUGCCUUCAAUCCAGAAAUCAAAGAACUCGUUUAUAAAAUAGAUCCCAUUACAUGCAGUGAUAAACCCUUGAUGACUUAUAUAUCAAGGACUGAAAAUAAAGUUAAUUUAAAUAUAAAUAAAACUGCAGCUAAUUUAUAUUAUAUUUUAUUUAAUAUAUUUAAUAUUAAGUGUUACUACCAAGAGGUUGCCAGAAAUCCUAUUGGUCCGAAUCCAGAUGAUAAUCUCAUUUUUUCAGACUGUAAAUACUUCAGAGAUUCCGUCCAAAUACAAUCAGAAGUAGUUAAAGUAGAAUGCUUCAACAUAUUCUACAAAGUAUACGAAAACGUCCAUGCUAUAUUCAGGCAACCAGCGCAAACCGUCCAAAACGUCGACAAACCAAAUGUAAUCCUGCUUGGAAUCGACAGCGUUUCAAUGUCCAAUUUAAUAAGAACAAUGCCAAAAACUUAUGCGUUGCUAGAAAGUACCAAUUGGAUACGAUUGACAGCAUACAAUAAAGUAGAGGACAAUACAUUUCCUAACCUUAUAGCAGUGUUGGCAGGAGUUAAAUUUUCGUAUCAUGAGAACUAUCCGGAAAAUAAUGUCUGCAAUCCUUAUGAUACGAAGUCAUUGAACAACUGUAAUUUCUUAUGGAAAGUUUACAAGGAAAAUAAUUAUAGCACAGCAUAUGCAGAGGAUACGCCAGAACAAGGUACAUUCAACAGUAACAAGGCCGGAUUUGUAUCAUCUCCAACCGACUACUACCUACGUCCUUACUUUUUAACUGCCGAUACAUUGACUCCAAAGUUUUUGUGUCUAAAGCCUUACUGUACUGGUCCAGAAAAAACUGGAGUUAGAAUGCAAAAUCUUGUUAUUGACUUUCUAGAAACUAUAAAAGGAAAAACUCCAGGAUUCGGUCUAUUCUGGAUGAACACGUUCAGUCACGAGAACGUCAACUGUCCAUCUUCUAUGGAUGAUGAUUUUAAACUUUACUUUAAAAAGUUGGCAGCUAACGGACAUAUGGACGAUUCAAUUAUAAUAUUUUUUAGUGAUCAUGGUUUUAGAUUUGGUAAAAUAAGACUGACUCCUACUGGUUGGCUUGAAGAAAGACUUCCGUUCAUUUACAUUUGGAUACCGGAACGUUUUAGGACGACGCAUGCAGAAAAAUAUCAAAUCCUUGCAGAAAACUCCAAACAACUGAUAUCUCCAUACGACAUCUACAUGACUCUCCAAGACGUACUAUCUUUUUCCAAUCCAAAUUUUACUGUACAGCCUGCCAAAGCCUGCAGUACAUGUCAUUCUUUGUUCAAGCCAGUAUCUCCAGAAAGGACCUGCAAGGAAGCCGGAAUCCCGGAACAUUACUGUACUUGUUCUCGAUACGAAAAAAUCAGUAAAGAUCUUCCAAUGUCUCAAAAAAUUGGGAAAUUUUUCGUCGAACAUUUGAAUAACGUUAUUAGAUCCUAUGGAUCUGUCUCGACAGGCUGUGCGACUUAUUCUCUAGAGAAAAUUUCUCAUGUAAAGUAUUUAGAAAUGAAACCAGGAGUAGAAGAAAACUAUUUGAUUGGUAUAAUCACCAAUCCAGAGGCCAAUUUUGAAGCAACGGUAAAAGUGUCCUACCAGAAUAAUAAAGAGAACAUGUCAGUCAACGAGAUCAAUAGACUGGACAGGUUUUUUAAAAGAUCCUGUGUAACAGCAACCAAAGAAAUGUCUGGUGAAAUAUCGUUGUUAAAUCAAACUACUCAUUAUACGAGUGGCGAACAUUCCGUAGCUUAUGUAACGGCUCCCAGUGAAGAUGUUGCUAAACAGUUGGCCCAUGGAAUAGUCAAGAAUAAGUUAGCUGCAUGUGUUAAUAUUAUACCGAAAAUUACAUCAAUUUACGAAUGGGAAGGUAAAAUAAAUGAAGAUUCUGAAGUACUAAUGAUGAUUAAAACUAGGACAUCAAAAGUAAAUAAUUUAACUGAAUUUGUAAAAUCAAAACAUCCUUACACAGUUUGUGAAGUUAUAUCUCUUCCUAUUCAGAAUGGCAAUGAGGCUUACUUGAAGUGGAUAAGCGAUGUAGUCCCUAGUAAAUAAGUCAUAACUGAUUAAUUAUUAAUUCUAAUGUACUGAUUAAAACGUAAAAUAUUGAUCUGAUUAAAUUACUAUAAAUUUUGGUUCUAUUAA